AUGGUCGCAGGGGUGGAAGUGAAGCCCGGCGAGCCGUACAUCCAUCAGCCCUCCCGCGGUCGCCGCCUCAAGAUCACCCAGGCUAUGUUAGGCAAUCAUGUUGAUGUUGGCUGUAGCAUGCUACAGUGCAAUGUUGGCGAUAAGGAGCCUGUGAGGCUCUGUACAUUGAAUCCAAUGGAUGCUCUCAUGUGCCACCUAAAGCUAGAAUAUGAGGAGAGCGAAAAUGUUGUCUUCUCAGUUUUUGGGAAUAGCUCUGUUCACUUGUCAGGAUACUACAUCCAUUCCCACAUUGGUGAUCAUGGCCACUAUAGUGAGAAGCUCACAAGUAAAACUGCAAGUCCUACAGACUUGAUGAGAAAGCAUCAAGGCGAUGAGGCUGAUGGCAAGAAUGAUGCUUCUCUAAGGAAGCCUAAUACCGGUGAAGGAGAAGAUUUUAAAAUCAUGGAGUCCAACGCAGUGCACAUUGGGCCAACUCUAGGUGAUGAGAUGACACAGAAAGGGAAUGUUCUUCAGCCUGCUGUUCACGAGCAAAAUGCUCUCCAGACUGAAGGGAAACAUGAUGUAGAAAAGCACAUAAUCGGGCAAAUGAUGAUCUCUGAUGAAGGCUACCUUUUUAAUGAUGCUACUGAUCUACAAGGUGUUGAAAAACAAAAUGAACUGGAUCUACCAAGCCCAGCUAAAAAUUGUGGAAGUGUACACACUGAAAAGGGUCCUAUCAGUUCUCUCAGUGGUGAUCAUCAUGGAUACUACAGUGAAAAGAUCACUAGUAACAAUGCAAGUCCGAUAUGCUUCAAGAGAAAGCAUCAAGGCGAUGAGACAGAUGGCAAGAAUUAUGAUUCUUUGAAUGAGCCUAUACUUAUUGAAGAUGGGGAUGAUGAUGACGAUGAACACCUCCCUAUCCGUGUUGCUUACCUUAAGAGAAGGGCCGCCGAAAACAGGAGGAAGUGCAAGAUGCCGAGGAAAGAGCAUGUGCUAAGUGAUCAAAAUAGUGCCAUGGGUCAGGUGAAUGAUAAAAAAUAUUCAAAAGUCAUAGUCUCCAACGCAGUGCAUAUUGUGCCAACUCAAGACCACAAGAAUCACAAAGGCAAUGUUGUCCAAUGCAGUGCUGGUGCUGCAAAUCAAAGAACCGGACAAACCGGUUCUCCAAUCAUGGCUGAAGGUUUCCUUUUUGCUGGUGCUACUGAGCUACAAAAUGAAGAUGCUGAACAUUGUGGAAGUGUACACACUGGAAAGGGUCCCAUCCGCAAAAUAACACUUGAUAGUGGGCUGAUAAUAGAUGAUCUGAAUGUGGGAAGCGCUAAUGGAGUAGUUGCAUCUAAUGGCAGCGAGGUUACUGUGAAAUAUGUUGGUACGUUGCUGGAUGGGCAAAUUAUCGACCCUAUGGAUGUUUACAAGUUCAAGCUCGGUGCUGGACAUGUAAUUCUUGGAUGGGACCUCGGUAUUCCUGGUAUGUCUGUUGGUGGUAAAAGAAGACUUACUAUUCCUCCUGCUCUCGGCUAUGGGAACAAAGCACAAGAAAAUAUACCAUCACACUCAUGGCUCGUCUAUGAAGUUGAGUUAAUGGAAGUGGAGUGAUGUAAACAUGCCUCGCAGGCUUCGGUGCACCCAUCCUAGAUGAAGGCAGCCUAUGACAUAUUUUUUCGCUUUUGGACAAGAAAUUAGCAAUCUUUUGCGCCUAUUACGUGGUCCUCUGUCAUGGCUGGUACUCUGUGGAUGGUUAACUUAGUGGCAACCAUCCUUAUAUAUAGUUUUAUGUAGGUGGAGAGACUGUGGUUCUCUGUGACUAGGUUGCAUGUGCAUAGCAUCACCACUAAGCAUAGUGCUCGAACUUUAGCCGAUGUCGUUUCAGCCUUUUGUUGUUUCAUGUAUCAAGUCCGCUAUUUGCAAAUAUAAACUGUGUUCUUGU